GCGCAAAUGACGCUGCCGACGCGUGGGUGAUGACGUAGGGAGCCGCAGGGGUUGCCGGGAAGCCUGGGAUGGCGGAGCUGGAGCAGAAAGUGCAGCGCUAUGAGUCGUUUGUCUGGGACACUCUCCAUGUGGACCUGCGGAAGGUGCUGGAGAGCCGGGACGCCGUGUACGAGAAGAUCAGUCAGUACCUGCAAGUAAAGAACGUUAUUGAGAGGCUCCAGGAGCUGCCCCCCGAGGCGCUGCACACGCAGGUGGACCUCGGCUGUAACUUCUUUGUCAAUGCAGAAGUCCCCGACUUCUCUAAGAUCUUCCUGGCGUUGGGCUUCGGAUUCUACUUGGAGCUGACUCUGCCGGAGGCCCUGAAAUUCAUUGAGAGGAAAAACAAAAUGCUGACUGACAUAAGCAACACUUUGUCUAGAGACGCCGCAAGCAUUAAAGCCCACAUCAGGCUGGUCCUGGAGGGUCUGCGGGAGUUACAGGAGCUGCCAGAUGACGCAAAGGUGCCAAGUUAAAGGAGGGGUCACGUGCACACCACCAUGUUGUGUUUGGCUUUGGUUCCUGUACAGAUUGUGGCCCUGGCCAGGCUCCGGGGGCUGCCAUGUUACUGUAAAUAGUGAGUGUGACAAUAAAAGGCACUUGUGUGACACACUGAAAA